AUGGUGAGGCAACGCAGAGCUCAGACCGGUCCACAGAGUGCUUGCUUCUAACCCGCUCAGUGUUCAAACUCACAUACAGACCGCUACCUGGCCACGACCCGUGGCAUCUCUUGAGUGCUCUCUUGUGGUGGCCCAUCAACUACGCGAGCCCACCAUCCUCGAGCCCCUUGCGUUGCGCCAGCAACUCGCCCAGGAUGGCUUCCUGUACCUUCGCUCGUUCGUGCCGUGUGAACUGGUGACGAUCGCACGCCGUACGCUCGCGCUCGACCUCGCUUCCAAUGGGUUCCUCGACACGAGCACGUGCUUGGACCUUACCGAGGACCCCUUGUACAUCAAUCCCGAAUCGAUCAAAGACAAGAGAACGCCCGAAUUGCUCAAUCGAACGGAUUUGCACCGGCAUCCAGACGUCCUCUCUGUACUGGAACACGACUCUCUUCGGCGCCUGAUGAGGUCACUUCUGAUCACUCCGAGUUCCGACACGGUCGGAUUCGCAACGCCGCCGAGUACAACAUGUCUACCCGAAUUGCGAACCCACCCUUACAAAUGGCUGCGAGCUGUAGGCCCCUCGCUCUACACGGGUCUGCACGUCGAUCGAACCUAUUUUCCCACCUUGUCCUUCCCGACUCUCUUGACGGCUUGGAUCCCCCUCGACAAUAUCCCGACAGAACUAGGAUCACUCGUUAUCGCCCCCGACAUCCAUCUCCCACCGAUGAAGGUUGGCGGAGACGGAACCAAGUCGGGGUGGAUCCAUGAAAAGUACCUCGAGGAUCAGACGAUACGGUGGGAGUCGGCCGAUAUGAAGAGAGGCGAUGUCGUCAUCAUUGAUCCGGCGAGAUGCGUUCAUAUGAGCAGUCGAAAUGUCGCGAGCCCGCCGGCCUGGAGGAUUAGCGCCGAUACAAGAUGGUGGAUCUAG